AGUUAGGAAGAAAAAUAGUGGAUGUUGGAGUGGAAGAUGGAUUAUGAAUGAUUUUGAGCGUGAUAGCAAAGCUUAAAAAAUAAAUGAUGAGGAGGAAAAAAAGAGUAUGACCCACAAGAGAGGCCCAUCGGCUUUGGACAAUAGCAAUCUAUGGCUUUGAACACCAAUUGUUUGACGAAAAUGGCCAAAGAAGAAGUUCCCCAACAGGAACAUAUCCAACUGGGUAUCUGUCUUUGUCUCUCUCCCCAGUUCACUUCCUCAACCCCACCACCACCACCACCACCACUACUAUCCUCUUUUUCUCUCUUCCCUGAUAUUCCAUUUUUCUCUCCUGAGUUUUAUUGCUCUCCAUGGACCGUAACGACAAGCAGCAGAUUCUUCAGCACCACCACCACCAGCAGAGGCAGCAGCAACAGCAGCUGUCGUUGGCCAAGUGUGCACGGCAGCCAUGCAAUGAAUGGAUUUUUCGGGAUGUUCCAAGUGAUAUUACCAUAGAAGUGAGUGGAGGAACAUUUCCAUUACAUAAGUUCCCACUUGUAUCUCGAAGUGGCCGAAUCAGAAAGUUAGUUGCAGAACAUAGGGACUCUGAUAUCUCAACGGUGGAGCUUCUUAAUUUACCAGGAGGUGCAGAGGCAUUUGAGUUGGCAGCAAAAUUCUGCUACGGAAUCAACUUUGAAAUUACGUCUAUGAAUGUUGCACAGCUGUGCUGUGUUUCUGAUUACCUUGAAAUGACUGAAGAGUUUUCAAAAGAUAAUCUUGGUUCCCGUGCUGAAGAAUAUCUUGAGAUUAUUGUUUGCAAGAACCUUGAAAUGUGUGUUGAAGUUUUGCAACAGUGUGAGAAUCUACUCCCUCUUGCAGAUGAGCUUAGAAUAGUUAGCCGUUGCAUAGAUGCAAUAGCCUCCAAGGCUUGUGCAGAGCAAAUUGCCUCAAGCUUCUCACGCUUAGAGUACAGCAGCUCAGGGAGGCUUCAUAUGAACAGGCAAGCCAAGUGUGAUGGGGACUGGUGGAUAGAAGAUCUCUCUGUUCUUCGGAUUGACUUGUAUCAAAGAGUCAUGACAGCAAUGAAGUGUCGCGGGGUCCGUCCUGAGAGUAUUGGGGCAUCACUUGUGGGUUAUGCCCAGAAAGAGUUAACAAAGAAAUCCAGCUUGUGGAAUCCAUCUAGCCAGGUGAAAGUUGAUUUGCUUUCAGGUUCAACUGGACAUGAAAAAGUUGUGGUUGAGACAAUUGUCAGCCUCUUGCCUGUUGAGAAACUUGCUGUUCCAAUCACUUUCCUUUUUGGGCUUUUGCGAAGCGCAGUGAUGCUUGAUUGCUCUGUUGCUUGUAGGCUUGAUCUGGAGAGGAGAAUUGGAUCCCAGCUGGAUAUUGCUACUCUUGACGAUCUUCUGAUACCUUCUUUUAGGAAUGCAGGUGAUACCUUAUUUGAUGUUGAUACAGUUCACAGGAUUUUGGUAAAUUUCUCACAGCAAGAUGAUAGUGAAGAUGAUAUGGAAGAUGCCUCUGUUUUCGAAUCUGAUAGUCCUCAUUCACCUUCCCAAUCUGCCUUGUUCAAAGUUUCAAAAUUAGUAGAUAAUUACCUUGCGGAAAUUGCUCCUGAUGCAAAUCUCAAGCUUGCUAAGUUCAUGGUUAUAGCAGAUACUUUACCAGCACAUGCACGUACCAUUCAUGAUGGGUUGUAUCGAGCCAUUGAUAUUUACCUGAAAGCACAUCAAGGUUUACCAGAGUUGGACCGGAAGAAGCUAUGCAAAUUGAUUGAUUUCCAAAAACUUUCUCAAGAAGCUGGUGCACAUGCUGCACAAAAUGAGCGCCUCCCUCUCCAAUCUAUUGUACAAGUGCUCUACUUUGAGCAAAUAAGGCUCCGAAAUGCCUUGAGUUGCUCUCAUGGAGAAGAUGAUCACAAACCAGUGCACCAGUCAUGGCGGAUCAGCAGCGGGGCACUAAGUGCAGCAAUGUCUCCACGAGACAACUAUGCAUCACUUAGACGGGAAAACCGUGAGCUAAAACUUGAGCUAGCGCGGUUGCGAAUGAGACUAAAUGAUCUUGAGAAAGAACAUGUUUGUAUGAAGAGGGAUAUGGAGAAGUCAAACUCUCGUAAAUUUAUGAGUUCGUUCUCAAAGAAAAUUGGUAAACUGAGCUUCUUUGGACAUAGUUAUUCAAGGGGAUCAAGUUCUCCAUCAAAGCAUUCACAUAGAACUGACUCUAAGGUUAUUGAGAGAAUGUGUGCAAGCACAGAUUAGGUAAUUAAAAUGACUGGGAACUUUCUUUCUUUCUUUUUUCCCUGUAUUUGUUGAGCAUUUGCAUAUCAUAUUUGUGGUGGGCUUUCUACUUUAUAACAUUUCUUGUUGGCCACCUUGUAAAUGAGUUCUGGUUCUCAAGGUAGCAAGAGUAAGGGGAUCUUCUUGAUUGCAAGUGAGGAGCUGUGGAAAUUACAACUUUGAUAUUUAUACAUGUAUAAAAAUAAUCUUUGA